GACUCCACUCUUCGUUCGACCGUCACCAGUUGCUGCUCUGGCCUUGGAAAUCAUUGGCCUUUAGGCCCAUGUCCGCCGCUAUGUUACCAGUGACCGUAGCCCUGUGCAUCUUCUUCGCAGCUGCUUUCGCCGAAGAGUGCAGCAAAGUUCAACUCGAUGAUGCAACGAUGAAGGAAGCUGGAGAGGUGGCUACGAAACUGAUGAAAGAAUGCGUCCAUCUUCUCGACAAGUAUCCCACGCCUAUCAGCACUAUCGCCGACGGAAUGAAGAUGUUAUGUGAUGACUACGCUACAUGCCAUGACAAGUACGAAUCUCUGACAUCGAAGCCUGACGAAUACAGGAAGGAGCUCAUCAAGUGUGUCCAGCCACAUUUCCUGAAGUUCUACAAAUCGAGGCCCGAGCUGAAGCACGACCCGGAGCAGGUUGGGAAGGAAAUCAGCGAGUGUGUUAUAGAUCACAUCCCACUUUCGAAGAAUAUGGGCAUGGCUGUCGGCAAGUGGAUCUUGAAGAUCUUGGGGCACACCGAGUAACUUUCAGGCCGCGUGGAAGUCUGCAAGGAAUGAAUAUUUUGGCAAAUCAAUCCUUGUAGUGAGCUAAUAAAGCCCUUUAUGUAUAA